AUGUUCGCUCCAAUGCGGUUUAACGACGAUAUGGGCGCAAUGAGGCCCCAUAUGUUCCAGGACGACUUUAUGGAUCCGUUCUUCUCCGCCCGAGCCCCGCCCAUGAUGUUUGGUGGCCCCCACGAGUUCAGAAAUCGAGGACAAGGAGAGUUCUUGGACAAAGGCGAGAGCUAUGAAGUGUGCAUUAGUGCCGACGGAUUCAACCCUGAAGAUCUCAGUGUGGAGGUCAAUGCAGAUAAUCUCAAGCUCACCGUGAAGGCCAAGAAGGAGGAGACCCUGGAUGGACAGAUCGUGAGCACGAAGCAGUUCAGCAAAACCUAUGACCUUCCCUCGGAUUGCAAGAUCGAGGAGAUGGGCUCGCUCUUCACGGAAGCCGGUCAGCUUAAGAUCAGCGCGCCCAAAACAAAAGAAGCCAUUGAGGCGCAGAAGAAACGACAGAUCCAGCACCAGCAGCAACAACAACAGCAACAACAACAACAGCAACAACAACAACAAGAGCAACAGAGACACGUGCAGCACCAGGGAACGGCAGGAGGCGGAGCAUCAGCCGUGGCUAAUCGAAAGAUAUCGCAGACUCACAAUUUGUUUCCCAGUGCUCGGCUCGAGGAAGUGAAUGACACAGAGACCCGGUUUGAAGUCAAAAUCAACGUGGACGGCUUCGAGCCCAACGACUUGCAUGUGGAGGUCAAGGCUGACGGGAUUCUGUCCAUCAUUGGCAACCACGAAGAGAAGCGCAACGGCAAUGUCGUCAGUAAUAAGCUCCAUCGCUCCUUCGCAUUACCCGAGAAUUGCAAAUUGGCUCAGAUAGAGUCCAAUUUCUCCAAGGACGGCAUUCUGACCGUCACAGCUCCCAAAAACGUGCAGACACGAGUAGAAGAAACGAGGAAAGUGCCAAUCAACGUUGCUCACUGACAUGAUUUAAUUUGACUUUUUAAGAAUAAAAAAAACAAUGUUGUGUGUAACCAAUGUGUGUAACAUGUCCAAUCCAAGUCGGAAUACAGACAUUAAAGAUAAUAUUUGUCCA